AUGGCAACAAACAGUCCUGAAGGCAUGCAGCUUCAAAAUAGUCUUGUAACAGGAUAUACAGCUGCGAAACAAUCUCCGUUGGUUUGGUCACUUCCAGUUCAUUGCAAGCUAUUCCUACUUUCGCACCUCGAUCCUGAUCUUUGGUAUGAAUUGCAUGCGGAAGAAAGUCAUCAGAACGCGGACAUAUUGCAGUUCAGGAUGGCAAUGGGAAGAUCGUUGAAGUCUGUGGCCGACAAGGACUGGGACAAAGGCCAUCCGUCUCAAAAGUGCAUAGACAGCAUCGGCGGAGGUCGCAAUGCAAAUAAAUCUACAGGUCAGCUGGAAACCCUUGUGCUUUUUUUGAGAAGGCUAGAAGGCUGGAUGCACAAAUUAGACGAAAUUGCGACUUCUCUCCAUAUAUGUUUGCUUGCGAAUCAUUGGAAACACGAAUCGGCGAAAAAUUGGCUGAAGGUCCUGUGCAUAUUGGAUGGCGUGGCUUUUCACAUCCGAUUACUACGUUAUCAUAAUGGAGUGGAGCAGACAACACUUUGGCAACGGUUUAUCAACGAUAAUUUUGACCACCCUGACGUCAAAAUGAUCAUGGGAAAUGAAGAAACAAUAAAACGGUUCAAAAAGAAUUUACCACGGUGGAAACAAGCCUUCGCGAACGCUGUCGCAAUAUCCCCCCUUGUGCUCAUCAUGGGCCAAGGAAUGGGCCAAACAUUGAACACCCCUCUUGCCUUACAAGUCGGGGGACGUCUGUCUUCAAUUGGGAAACCAAAGCUGAUCCUUCGUGUUGAAGAAAUCUUGUGGAAGUCCAUUGUUGGUAUAGCUUGGGGCUCAUGGAUGAGCGAAAUUGCAUUGAGUAAAUUUUUGGCCGAAGUCCAGCCGUUGGUUGAAAAGAUGCUGGAUUCCAAGGCUAUGUUAAAGGAUGGAGCAAAGAGGGGAUGGGUAGGAUAUGAAGGGGAGGAUACGUGGUUUGAAGAUUCAAUCACGUUCAUCCAACAGAACGUUGUUCCUGGUCUGGAAGCCAAAAUCGGAGCCGAAACAAGCGAAUGGCUCAUAAGCAGCAGAUCACUCUGGAUUGGAAAGGGCGGUCGCAAGAAGGACCCGGUACAACGAGGCAGAAGCAGUUCUUGUCCUCCCCGAUGGUCAAAGCCUCAGCGAAAGUCUCGAAGCCUCUCCCCUUCACGAUAUUCGGCUCGAAGGCCAGCCUUCACGCGUGAAUUGAUUUCGAAGAUCUGUUGCAUCUUGACUUACCGAGUACAUGCAUGGGGUCACAAACAUUAUCUGAAUUUUGACGAAAGGCCAGAGUGGCAAUAUCCACCUACGUUGCCCCCUCUCACUGUUCGAGACCUCGAGCAAAUUCCUGUCGGAGCUAUCAUCAUCGGUGCAAUGCCCCCCAUUCGCAAGGAUCCUCCGAAAACAGCAUUUUCUUUAUCCCAUAAACAGAAAAUAAUUCACGAGAGGAAGCUCUCACAAGACCUGGAUGCAGGCUGGCAUCAGUUGAUGUUAAUGGCGCCCUCUCUGAGAAUGGGCCAGGUGCAGGAUGCGGCACCAUCUCUCUCCCGCAGAAAAAGGCAAUGGUCGAGCGCUGUCAGCAAGCUUGAUACCAGAGAAAGGUCCAAGAAAGCCAAGCUUGAUCGUGGUCUGUCCCGUUCUUCGCACCCGAUUACUUCUCCGCUCGUUUGGGCUCCUGCCAAAAAGCAAUACAGGACAUUCGACUAUUAUCCGUUGAUCUCUAAUGAAACUGAUGAUCGCCUUGCGCUUGCUGGGUGGAACACUUGCGUAAGGACUGACGCAAGCGGAGGUCCACUCUACCGGUUGAAAGAAACUGGGAAGGCGGCAGAUGAAUCGAUGAUCGUGACCCUGAAACAAUCUUCGGCCUUGAAAAAUCCUCAAGGGACUCUCGAGACCUUCCGCUGCUACAACAUUCUCCUGUAUGACACGAAAACUUUGCCGCUUACAUGCUCCAACGACACGAUGGAGCAACUUCACAUCUCUGUUUCCUUACGUGAAAUGUAUGAAGAAGGCCUUUUGGAGGAUGGUCGCAUCUUGAACGCUUUGUCUCUACCUUGCAGCACUUCAUACAGCGGUCACCCUUUACAGUCAGAUUGUUUCGAGUCACAUACGAGCAUUCGAAACAGACGUCUGACCUACCCGAGGACAUCUAUACAGUGGAGUAUCCUGUCUCAGGCGACAAGUUUCUGGUUGGUUGCCACCAAAGGAGCCAUUAGUUACAUUCAUCCAGAUUGUUUUGGUGUCGGUACCGUCAUUGAGGUUCUUUGCGGGCAGGAAGUUGUGGUACAGUACAGGACAGCCUGUAUCGAUGAGUACAUUAAUGAUUGGGCACCUGGAUUUAUUCCAGAUCCAGAGGAAUGGACUGCAGAGGUUGUCUUGCUUGAACCUGGUUCUGCCUUAUGCAGCUACAUGCGUCCCGACACUCACCAUGCAGUGGUGACCCUGGAGAAUUCCAUUGAGGUUCUCCUUCGUAUGAUGUGCUACUUUGGUGCAGCGAUCAGUGAUCAAGGACCCGAAAAUCACGACACAGAUAUUCCCACUAUGACAAGAGAUGGACUUCUUGACUUCAUUGCGUUAGGAAAUCUCUGUCUAUUUGUGCCUGCCUUGUAUGCCUGUGUCACUGAGACCGAGGGAGACUCGAAACCUGCAAUUGCCAUGGCAGCCGGCGCAUACAUAUCCACAAUACAGCGUUUGCGGAUGAAAUAUUGUCUGGUUUUUCUCGACGAUGACAAAGAUGUUGCUGUGCAGUCCCCGGAAUCAAUGAUGCAUGUCAAUGACCAGGUCACCCUGACUGAGACGGCUUUGCAAGCGUGGAGGGCUUUAGGACAACAUGAAUCGGUCUUGUUCGAUACUGAGACAUUUCAGCAAGAUAUUAAGGAUGCCAUGGAAACCUAUUUGCAGAUGGAGCUAUCAUCUGAGUUCCUCAAGGCUUACAAAUGCCGGAAGAGGAAGAUUUUGCUCCUUAGGCCGAUAUUUUUGAAUCCGAUGCCCUGGAGGAUUGGUCAGGAAACCGUCGACUAUGAUUCGUCUGAUGGUGAAGAAGAGGACCCUAAGGACGAAGAAGACUACCCCCCAACCAAUGUUUCAAACAUAAAUGAUGGGGAUUCAAGUGGCAUGGAUAUGACCGGGGAUGAUGAUGAUUCACAGGACGAGUCAGAAUCGACAUCAGAGAGAGAUUCUAAUGCUGGCUCAGAAUACAGGCCUGGACUCUGA